AUGGUAUUAUCAUGUGGACAUACUAUCUGUAACUAAUGUAAAGAGUUUCAAUUUUAAAAUGGAGGAUCUUAUAAAAAUUGCCCUAUUGAUGAUUCGUGCUAGCUAUAAGCGAACUUCAAAAUGUUACCCAACAAAGUAUUGAUAAAUAAUCUUGACAAAGUGAACUUUGUGAACAUAACUUGUGAUACUCACCCUGAUAAAAUGGUUAAAAAGUACUGCAAAACAUCUAAGUAGCUUCUCUGUAACAUAUGUGCUACUACUUCCUAGUGUACCAAUCAUUAAAAUGCAGAUCAUUUGAAUGUUUUGAGAAAAGAGUUGGAAGAUCACAUCCAUCUUAAAAUUCCGUUGCUCAAAAAUCUGAUUGAAAGAAUCUAAUUGCUAAUUCGUAGUCUCCAAUAGUAUCAGAGUAAGGAUAAGAUGUUUAAGGCUGGUGAGUUCUUCGAUCUAAUGAACAAGAUUAAUGAAUAUUUGGGGUCUAAUUAAAGGAAGUAAGGCAAAAGCUUAUUCAAUAUAGGAGAGUGGUAGCUUAAUGAUUUAAGAACUGAAAAUCUUGAAAAUCUUCAAAUUCUCAUUUAGAAAUAGAAACUAGAGGAACAAAAGAAUAAGUAAGAGGUAGAGAUAUAAAAAUAAGAAGUUGUGCAAGACAAUCCAAAUAACUUAAUAUUCAGAAGAAUGGUUGACUAUCAUUUAGAAUCUUUGAAAUAUCCAGAGUUGAAAGGCUUUUAUAAACUUUUACCUCUAAUUGGUCAAAGCAAACUUAUAUUUAAGGCUUCUAUUGAUGGAUUCUUGGCAUCUAGCUUUCAUUCAAAAUGCGAUAAUCAAGGUCCUAUUAUUUCAUUCAUAUAAAGUGAGCAUGGAUAAAUCUUUGGAGCUUAUACAUCUGUUCCUUGGACUUCAAAUAGAGACAAAUGGAUUAGUGAUAAUGAAGCUUUUGUUUUCAGUUUGAGCAAAAAUACUCUGCAUAAAUAGCAUGAUAACUAUGAUUUUGCAGUUAAUCAUCACGAUAACAAUAUCAUCACAUUAGGAGGAGGCCAUGAUAUUUUCAUUUCAAAUAAGUGCAAUGAUAAUAGUGAUAGUUACUGCAAUUUAGGGCAUGUAUUUAUGGCUCCAUAAGGAUUUGAAUAUGGAGAUGAAGAAGCCUCUAAUUAUUUAGCUGGAAGUGAAAAAUUCAUUGUAAUUGAAAUGGAAAUGUAUCAAGUUUUGACUUGA